AUGGCGCCCGCCGACACCAAGAAGGCAGAGGAUCCUGCCAAGAAGCAAGGUCCGCCCAAGCUGUCAGAUGUCAAGGAUAUCAUCGAUGAAAGUACCUUUGAGCAGAUCCUCGAGAUGGAUGAUGAGGACGACCGUGAUUUCAGCAAGGGCAUUGUCUAUGGUUUCUUUGACCAGGCCAAGGCCACAUUCAAGAAAAUGGAAGAUGAACUGAAGAAAAAGGACCUUAAGGAGCUUUCAUCUCUCGGCCACUUUCUCAAGGGCUCAUCUGCUACCUUAGGCCUCACCAAGGUCAAGGACUCCUGUGAGAAGAUCCAACAUUACGGCGCCGGCAAGGACGAGGCUGGAGUUGUUGACGAGCCCGACAACGAGGUCUCCCUGAAGCACAUCCAAUCCACUCUCACAGACGUCAAAGCCGACUACGCCGAAGUCGAGAAGUUCUUGCGCCGAUUCUACGGAGAAGAGACGCCCGAAGAAGACCAAAAGGAGGAGAAGAAGGAGACAAAGAAGGAGGAGCCCACCACUACCAAGAAGGAGGAGAAGGAGACCAAGAAAUAG